GGAUGGAAACCAGUUUGGGUUUUUAUUUCCAAUCCGGGUCCCCACUCCGUUUCAGAAGAUGGCGGUAAUGCACAUGAUUACUUGCUAACCACCACAUUGGACAAAAGAAGACGGAGAAGAAGAAGCUCUCCUUGUCUUCCUCAUCUGCCAUAUUCCAUACACCGAAACGUACUCUGUUCUACCAACCGACAUUGUUGAUCAUACAGACAUUUAAGGAAUAUUAUUCCUCCCUACUCACCGUCCUGACGACACAUCUUGUUGCAUAUCUUGUUUCAGUUAUACGGUGAUGACUCAGACAGUUCAGACCAAUGGGGUUCAACCCCUCAGUAAGACUUGGGAGUUGAGCCUUUAUGAACUGCAGAGAACUCCACAGGAAGCUAUAACAGAUGGGCUGGAAAUUGCAGUUUCACCCAGGUCCUUACACAGUGAACUAAUGUGUCCUAUCUGUCUGGAUAUGCUGAAAAACACAAUGACAACCAAAGAAUGCCUGCACCGUUUCUGUGCCGAUUGCAUAAUCACAGCUUUGCGAUCUGGCAAUAAAGAAUGUCCUACAUGCCGCAAGAAGUUGGUUUCCAAGAGAUCGCUGCGUCCAGACCCUAAUUUUGAUGCGCUGAUAAGUAAGAUUUACCCCAGCCGUGAUGAGUAUGAAGCACACCAGGAAAGAGUUUUGGCCCGCAUUAGCAAACAUAACAACCAGCAAGCCCUUUCCCACAGCAUAGAGGAAGGACUAAAGAUACAGGCUUUGACAAGAUUGCAGCGUGGUAAAAGACAAACAGUGGAAAAUGGUAGUGGAGCUGAAGACAAUGGAGACUCUUCACACGGUAGUAAUGCCUCAGUGCACAGCAAUCAGGAGGCUGGUCCAAGCAUCAAGCGCACCAAAACAAGUGAUGACAGUGGACUUGAUAUGGACAAUGCUGCUGAGAAUGGCGGAGGUGACUCUGUGAUUGACAGCGGUGCCAGCGAAAUAGAACUGGUUUUCAGGCCGCAUCCCACACUGAUGGAAAAGGAUGAUGGUCACAACAGUGUGGAGUUUGUGCCUCGCUACAUAAAGACAUCUGGAAAUGCAACAGUGGAUCACCUGUCUAAAUACCUAGCUGUCCGUCUGGCUUUGGAGGAGCUUCGAAGAAACACAGAGGCGAGUCCUGUUAAUAUGGAGGCAGCUUCAGAGAAACAGUACACCAUCUACAUACCUACUGCUGGAAAUCAGUUCACUGUUCUGAAUGGUUCCUUCUCUUUGGAGCUGGUCAGUGAAAAAUAUUGGAAGGUGAAUAAACCCAUGGAACUAUACUUUGCCCCUACUAAAGAACACAAGUAAAGCAUAUAUAAACAACUUCAGUCAUGAAGUAAAGAUGUGGCUUGGGACCCGUGUCCACGAAGAAGAUAAAUGUCUGAAGGAAAUGGGGAAAUUUUGAUGUAUCCUCCAAAUGAACUCUUGUAAAAAGAAAAAACUCAUUAUAUCCACAAUAUCGUGUUUCAUCUCUAUAGAGGUUAGCAGAUUACUGCAGCAUCCAGUAGGUGCAACCAAGGGAUAAUAGAUCACUAGCAAUUGUAGAUUAGUUCACUAGGAUAGUUCAAUUUGAAAUGGUAACAUUAUGGUUUCAACAUGUAUUAUUAUUCUUCAUGAACACUCCUGGCUGUAGUUUUACUGCAGUAUUUGUCUUACAUUUGAAGUUGAUGAGAAUUUGUGAUUUUGUCUUUGAAGCAUGUUUAUACAUAGUCAGAAAAUGGGACUCAAUAUAUGCCGUUUGCCCCACAUGGGUUUCGGGAAAUGAAGAGUUAUCCCUCUUUUCCAGUGCACUGUACCUACUCAGCAUAGACCACCCACUAUUUAGUCACAAAUGUCUCUUCUUACAGUGGAUGUUACUGACAUGCCUCAAAAUAAUUACAAUAGACCUUGGGUCCCCUCCAUUGUUGUUUUGCAUCUGGGCUUUCAGUUUCCUGUGGUGCUAUUUAAAGACUGCUAUAAAACAAGUUCGACAUAGCUGAGCUAUCACUUUGCAGUGUAAAAAUGGUAUAAAAGAUUGGGAUUUUUGAUUCACUGACAUGUUGCCAUUUACUUCUCUUGAUUCCUUUUUAAAUGUUUAAUUUGUUUAAUAAACAGAUUCCCUGUG